AUGAGUCUUACACCAACCAGCGGAGAUACCAGCAAAUCCAAUGAGACGUUUGAAGCCAGCAAAUUCUUGCAGGGCUUUGGAACGCUCUCGCCCGAACAAAUGAGACGGAAAAAGAUCGUCAAGCGAGGUUUCAACCUUUCCAUCAUGCUUUGUGGUGCCAGUGGCUCCGGUAAGUCUACCUUCAUCAACAGCCUCUGCAACAAGACCAUCUUCCCCGCCGGCGCGUCCCAGGUGGCUCCCGAGCUGCUGGACCAAGACUCAGGUUUCCACAUCCAGGAAACCAAGACGGAGUUUGAAGAGGAUGGCACGGUCAUUAAGCUUAACGUCGUUGAAGGACCCGGUUUUGGCGAGAACAUAGACAACACCGCAUGCUGUCAGACUCUGAUCGACUACCUGGAAGCCCAGUUUGACGACAUUCUCCGUGAGGAAACCCGGGUCAAGCGAAACCCCAAGUUUCUGGACAAUCGGGUCCAUGCCGUGCUGUAUUUCAUCACCCCCACUAGCCAUGGUCUCCAAGAAUGCGACAUUGAGACGAUGCAGGCUCUUGCCACGCGAGCCAACGUCAUUCCUGUCAUCAGCAAGGCAGACACCCUCACUGCCGACGAGUUGCACCUCAACAAGAGGCUCAUCAUGGAGGACAUCAGGGAGUACAAGAUCCCCAUCUACUUCUUCCCCUACACCGGUGAUGACGAUGAGACCAUCGAGGAGAACAUGAUGUUGCGCGAGAUGACCCCUUUCGCCGUCGUCAGCAGCAAUACCGAGUAUAAAAUCAACGGUCGGACCUGCCGAGCUCGGCAAUACCCUUGGGGGAUCGUGGAGGUUGACGAUGACUCGCACUCUGACUUUGCGCAGCUCCGAAACGUGCUGUUCGGGUCGCAUAUGCAUGAUCUCAAGGAGAUCACCCACGACUACUUUUAUGAAAAGUACCGAACCAAGAAGUUGUCCAAUGGUCACGACGAGAAUACCCUGUCGACGGAAGAGCGGCUGCCUUCCAGUGGCAACAGCUUCCCCACUGCCUUGAACCACCAGUACGUGGAGCGCAAGAGACUCAAGGAAAUCGAGGCCACCGUCCAGCGGGAGAUUGAAGCCAAGAAGCGUGACUUGAUGCGACAGGAGGCCCAGCUCAAGGAGCUGACUGAGCGACUCCGAACCGAGGAUCGUGUUCGUCACGAGACUGCUAGUCGUGAGCGGGUUGCCAGCAAGGGCUAG